AUGCUCCUUGGUCGAACGUUUGCUAUCGCAGACCACGACAUAAAUGUUGAGUUACCCAGUAGUGACAUUGCUUUCUGGGAUCUCACCUCAGCUCAUAGUCCUGCGGACCAUGGGACUUUUCAAAGCAACAUUAUCCCCUUCAUUCACGAUAUCAGGCUUCGCCAAUUACAGUCGAAGAUUCAACGCACGGUUUUCCGUGUGGACAUCGAUCAGAACUUACAUUCCCCGGAGGACAGAGCUCGCGAGGAUGCUGAAGUAGAGGCAAUUCGCCACCAGCUUGAUAUCUGGGUGAACAAUAUUCCAGCUGCAGCUCCUGCAACUCAGGACGAGGCGCGAUGGAUGGAUAAGAGACUCUUCAAUUUCGAUCUCUUGGAAGCGACGCGAGCAUGCACAACAUGCCUGACCAUUUUCGGCGAGAGGUGGCCUGGAGCGGUCAGAUACGGCGAAAUAUUUGAAACAUUACAAGGUAGCGUCAUCCGCGCGAUCAUGGAGCCGAAGCCGAGCAGAAACCUCGGAAGGGAUCUGGACAUGCUGGUCGAACCUGCCACGGCCAAGAUUGGCGCUCCGAAUCACACGGAUCCACUUCUAGGCGCAGUGAAAGAUGUGUUUAUGGAGGUUGACGAAGAUGUACCGGGUGGCGGACAAGGUUGGCGCCUAUUCACCGAGAUGGUGCAAUCGGAUAUUCAGGUGCCCGACUUGAUGGCUGGAGAAGGGUCCAAGGCUGCGACGACUACAAGACACAGUUUUCCAACAUCAAUAUGGAGUGACGGUAGUGCUGUACCCCUGAGUAAUUUGAGCGAAUCUUUUCAGCCUGAGCAGGGCGGUCCUGGGGUUCAGGGGGCAUGGGACCACGGAUUUUUCGCUGGUUAUGAUUAA